AUGGCGGCCGCCACGAGCUGCGGCCGCGCCGCGCUGGGCGCGCUGGGCCGCGAUGGCGGCGGAGCCGCGGCGCGAUGGCGAAGGGUCCUGCCUGCCCUGCCCGCGGGCGGCUCCGCGCUGCGGCUGCCGCUGCUCCCGGGCCGCUCCGCGCUGCGCUGGGUGCCCGCCCGAAAUGCCGCGGCGGGGCCCGGGCAGUGCCAGGCCGUGACGGUGGAGGUGGGCGGCAGAAAGAUGGAGCUGUCUUCUGGAAAACUUGCCAAGUUUGCUGAUGGUUGUGCUGUUGUUCAGCUGGGUGACACAGCAGUGAUGGUCACAGCAGUCAGCAAAACCAAGCCUGCUUCUUCUCAGUUUAUGCCAUUAGUGGUUGACUAUCGACAGAAAGCUGCUGCAGCAGGAAGAAUCCCUACAAACUACCUGAGAAGGGAGCUUGGCUCCACAGAUAAAGAAAUUCUUACAAGCAGAGUCAUAGAUCGGUCAAUCAGACCUCUCUUCCCAGGAGGAUACUUUUAUGAUACACAGAUCCUUUGUAAUCUUUUAGCAGUAGAUGGUGUCAAUGAUCCUGAUAUUCUGGCCAUUAAUGGAGCUUCUGCAGCACUUGCACUGUCUGAUAUUCCCUGGAAUGGUCCUAUUGGUGCAGUGAGGGUGGGGCUGGUGGAUGGGGAGACUGUCAUCAACCCCACUCGAAAGCAGAUGUCUUCCAGUGCUUUAAAUUUAGUUGUGGCUGGAGCUCCACAGAGUCAAGUUGUUAUGCUGGAGGCAACGGCUGAGAACAUCUUGCAGCAGGACUUCUGCCACGCCAUCAAGGUGGGGGUGAAGCACACCCAGCACAUCAUCCAGGGCAUCCAGCAGCUGGUGAAGGAGCGCGGCGCUGCCAAGAGAACCGGGCAGAAGCUGUUCGUGGCUCCCGAGGAGAUCGUGGAAUGUGCCAAGAAACUUGCUUCUAACAAGAUCUAUGCAGUGUUCACAGAUUCUAGCCACGACAAAAUUUCAAGAGAUGAAGCAAUUAACAAAAUCAGGCUGGAAACAGAAGAGCAGCUGAAAGAAAAAUUCCCGGAGGCUGAGCCUUAUGAAAUCAUGGAAUCUUUCAACGUGGUUUCCAAGGAUAUUUUUAGAAACCUCGUUCUGAACGAAUACAGAAGGUGUGACGGGAGAGAUUUGACUUCCCUCAGAGACAUUAAAUGUGAGGUGAACAUGUUCAAAAUGCUUCAUGGAUCAGCCUUAUUUCAAAGGGGUCAAACACAGGUGCUUUGUACAGUUACAUUUGACUCCCUGGAAUCGAGUGUCAAAUCAGAUCUCAUCUCCACAGUGGUGAGUGGCAUAAAAGAUAAAAACUUCAUGCUGCAUUAUGAGUUUCCACCUUAUGCCACCAACGAGAUUGGCAAAGUCACUGGUAUGAACAGAAGAGAGCUUGGACACGGUGCACUGGCAGAAAGAGCUUUGAAACCGGUUAUUCCCCCGGAUUUCCCGUUCACAAUACGAGUUACUUCUGAAGUCUUAGAGUCUAAUGGUUCCUCCUCCAUGGCUUCUGCCUGCGGUGGAAGUUUGGCACUGAUGGAUGCAGGAGUUCCAGUGUCCAGUGCAGUGGCAGGGGUAGCCAUAGGUCUUGUUACCAAAUGCAGUCAGGAAAAGGGGGAUAUUGAGGAUUAUCGGCUGCUGACAGACAUCCUGGGAAUUGAAGAUUAUUAUGGAGAUAUGGAUUUCAAGAUGGCAGGUACUAAUAAAGGAAUAACUGCCCUGCAGGUGGAUCUAAAACUGCCAGGAAUACCAGUAAAAAUUGUCAUGGAAGCCAUUCAGCAAGCCACAACUGCCAAGAGGGAGAUUUUACAUAUCAUGAACCAAACGCUGGCAAAGCCCAGACCCAGCAGGAAAGAAAGUGGACCAGUUGUAGAAACCAUCCACGUUCCAUUAUCAAAAAGAUUAAGAUUCAUCGGUCCUGGGGGUUAUAAUCUGAAAAAGCUCCAGGCACAGACUGGUGUGACUGUGAGUCAGCUGGAUGAGGAGACUUACUCUGUGUUUGCCCCCACGCCCGGCGCCAUGCACGAAGCGAGGGAGUUUAUUGGGGAAAUCUGCAAAGAUGAUCAAGAAGUUAAUUUGGAAUUUGGUGCGAUUUAUACAGCCACGAUAACGGAAAUAAGGGAUUCGGGAGUGAUGGUAAAACUCUAUCCAAACAUGACACCGGUACUGCUUCAUAAUUCACAGCUCGAUCAAAGAAAGAUUAAACACCCCAGUGCCCUGGGAUUGGAAGUUGGACAAGAAAUUCAGGUGAAAUACUUUGGCCGAGAUCCCACUGACGGCAGGAUGAGGCUGUCACGGAAAAUCCUGCAGUCCCCGGCCACGACCACCCUGAAAACCCUGACUGACAAGAACAGCAUCGUGCUGGGAGGGGCUGUUCCACAGACAUCCUCCUCAUCCCAGUGACAGGAAAAAAGAUGUGAUAGCUCGUGGAAAUAACAAGUGACCUUUGCUAGAAUCUGUUGAUGCCCUGGCAAGAAUCUGCAGGUGGAUGGUAGUGAAUCAUAUUUUUAAAAUAGACACUAUUUAUGCUUAAAGGUGAUGUAGAACUUCCAAGUCUUCAAAUGGAUUAAAAACCUUUAAAAUAAAACCAGAAAGAAGCAAUGCUCUUCUCUUGUGUAGCAAGGCUGAGGUGAGAAUGUGGAACUUUAUAGACAUUUCAGUGCUGAAGAUUCUUCUCACUAUCAAGUCCAAAUAAAACUGUGGAUCUGAGAAGCAAGAAUGGCUUUUCAGAGUACAGGAUUGAAAUGUUGAGCAAAACAUAGAGGCUUAGAAGCAUCACCUUUAACAUGAUCAAUGCUGUUCUAGAUAAAUACAUCUGUGACUGUCAUAAGGUUCAGACUUGCUAAAAUAUCUGAGCAGAAGGGGGAUUAAACAACUUGGCUGAAACACCAUCAGUUAUUAUCUGGGUCUGUUAGUGAAUUUUAAAAUAUAUAAUUAAAGCAGUAAAAUUAAAAUACUUACUUUGGAAUAAACAAUGGAUGUGAUAAACCUUCCCCCUGAAACACUCUCGUUAAGAGUGUUGGAAUCCCUCUAUUAAUUAUGUUCCAUCAGUGGGUUCACUGAUCUCUUUUAGACUUCAAAACGUUUCCCAGGGGCUCAGGAGAAUGACUCGUUUUUCUGCUGUGGGUACAGACUGUGAAAAUCAAAGAGGGUCCUUCUGAUGUUCACCAGUCUGUAUGCAGAACUCAGAAGGAAAUCAGCUUCCCACCUGAUGGCAAGUGGGCUCUGAACCUCCUGAAAGAAAAAACAGAGCAGUGGGGAGAGGAGAAAUGUGAUGUACAGUAAAAAAAGAUUCUUUUUUAAUUAUUACUUUAACUUAAAGUAUUAAAGAAGAAAGAAAUGACUGGUAUACUUCUCUGUAGUUGUCUUUCAUCAUGUAAGAUUGAAAAAUUGGUUGGAAAGAUGGAAAAAAUAUUUCCUUAGCAAUCUCUUCCUCUUUUUUGAGGAGUGUUGUCUGUUAUUUCUUAAUAAGAAUUCAAAUGUCAUUUCUGACUGUGAGAGUUGACUGCUAUGUUGUUUGUUACAUGUCCUGAAUAGCGUUAAUAAAAUGAUGUAGGCCAUUGUUAAAGUCCCUGAACAGCA